AUGAGUUUCGUUGAUAAAGUAGCGCUUGUGACGGGAGCUAGCUCCGGAAUCGGUGCUGCUACAGCCAUCCUAUUUGCAAAAGAAGGUGCUUGUGUAGCUUUAGUGGGAAGAAACGAAGUGAAACUAAAGAAUGUUUUGGAACAGUGUGAGAAAUAUAGCAAAAAACAUCUCCUAAUUAUAGCUGAUAUUUCAAACGACGAUGAUGUCAUAAACGUAGUUAAGAAAACAAUAGACUCGUUUGGAAAGCUCGACGUUUUAGUGAAUAAUGCUGGAAUUUGUAGAUUUACCAGUAUCUUAGAUGAAAAUCUGAUGGCAGUUUACGACGAGACACUAAAUACUAAUCUCCGAGCGCAUGUUCACAUAACUAAUUUAGCAGCUCCACACCUAAUAAAAACAAAAGGCAGUAUUGUCAACAUAUCCAGCACGGCGGGCUCAUCAAUAAGUAUGUCAUCGCGUACGUUGCCCUACUUCAUAUCAAAAGCUGCUUUGGAUCAAUUUUCUCGCGGAGUUGCUCUAGAGUUAGCUCAGUACGGUGUCCGGGUGAACACUAUCAGCCCUGGACCAGUGAAAACGGAUAUAUUUGAAAACGCCAACGCUCCGGUCACAGUUGAUUCAUUCAAACAUAUGACUGCACUUGAUAGAGUAGCAGAACCCGAAGAAAUCGCCGAACUAAUUUUAUACUUAUCCAGCGAUAAAGCAAAGAGCAUUACUGGUUCAAAUUAUGUCUCAGAUAACGGAUAUCUCUUAAAGCAUUGA